AUGUCUGCUCAGAAUAACAGAGGGAAAGCAGAGGAUGCUAUUUUCCUGGCAGACAUGCUUCUUGCUCAAAAAAAGGCAAAGGAAGCCAAGGGCAAAGCAACACCCGGCUGUAAUAAAUGUAAUGUCCGAUGGGUGGAGAAAGAUGCUGAAGGACGCCCACUGCUUAAAAGAAGCAGAAGUGGAGAGACACGAAAACGAGCUUCAGCUACAGGCAAGUCCGUUCCCACUGCUGAAGAUGACGAUGAGGAGCUGGUAUUUGCUGCAUCACAAUGUGAAGCACAGCUAAAUACAGAGGACUGUGCUGCUCCAUCUCCAUCAGUGGAAACUGCCAAGGCACCAGCUCCUUCACAUCACCGGCCACCAGCUGAGCUUCCAAGUCACUGGAAAGAUCAACUUCCACCUUUCCAGCAUGAGUGGAUCCGGAACACACUGUUUAAGGCCAACCCACGAACCGGCAAGCCAGAACUAGUGUCCCAGCUGAAACUUUGGUGGUAUCCUCCUCAGCCCCCUUUAAUAAACACUCAGCCCCCUGCCUCACCUGACCUCUUCUUCUGUCGGCCCCUUUUCUUAUGGAUAACGCUGAAGAUGUGGUUAUUUCCUCUCGUCUGUGUUCGCCCAGACUGUGGUAGGCACAGACUAACUGCGGCAGGAAUUUACCGUACCGUGCGUAAGGUCUUGGACAUCGACGGGUGGUAUGACCUUGCCACUGAGUAUCUGGAGUGCAAACGCUGCAAAAAGAAAUAUCCUGCCUGGUCCGAGGACAUCCUAGGACAGCUGGAUAUGGGCCACCGCAGUCAGUUUCCAGCUUUGCUGACAUACAGAUACUCAUGUGACAACCGGGUGCUGAGGAUGAUGAGGGAGAGGACACUGGGCAACAGUGUGACUCAGCUUUACAGGAAGCUGAUGGAACAGCACAGUGAGGCAUGGACACAGCGUGUCUUGCAGUACCUGACUGCCUGUGAACCAUUCACAAGGUCCUCCCUUGUGCAGCCUCCUGUGUUUGCUGAUCCUCCACUUUUACCUGCUUUGCCUAAACCUAAGUGGCUGUUAGCCGUGUAUGCCAGGGAUGUUCUGGGGCGACUGCACGAGGUCAAGGCCAAAUUAACAUCUGUCUUUGGCUGUGUUCUCAAGAUGGAUUCGACAAAAAAGGUCACAAAGAAACUUGCCGGUGCUGCUUCAGGAACAGCUGCCUGGUGCACAAAUGUCGGAAACGAACACGGCCAGGUCCUUGUCUCUGUGCUGACAGCUGCCGAGGGACAUGGACUGGACUCCAUGGCAGCUGGUCUGAUGAAACGCUACCGAGAGGCAGGAGAGGCAGCCCCAAAAGUGAUGUACGUUGACAGGGACUGCUGCAGUCAGUACGGCCAAUCGCGGGUGAAGAUCAUGUUUUUGGAGUGGGAUGAGCUUGUAGUGCGCCUCGACAUCUGGCACUUCAUGCGGCGAUUUGCUGCAGGUGUCACGACAGAGGCUCAUCCGCUCUAUGGGAUCUUCAUGGCACGUCUGUCCACGUGCAUCUUUCAGUGGGAUCCAGAGGAUGUGGCUGCUCUUCGCUCCGCAAAAGAGGGUGACCUGGCGGCAAAGAAGACUGGCCACAUCUCAGAAAAGGCGGUCAGUGCUCGCAUUACCCGGAGGGAGUUGGCACUGCACUGCCGGAGGAGGACCAGGGGGGUGGAGGAGACCACCAGAUUGAUUGGGUCACUGAUUGAUCAGUUUGACAGUGCGGAUGGGAAGGACACCCUGGGAGUUCCUCUGCUGGACCACGAACGGAUCCAGCAGAUAUGGAAGGAACAGCGCAAGCACGUCCAGUGUAUCCAAGACCCAGAGGACUUUCCGCUGUACAUGAAGACAGGGACACUGAAGAAAGGCGGCGUGGAGCUGUGCUGCUACAGGUGUGCUCGUGGCUCUACCUCCUUGGAGUCAUUCCACCUCCACCUGAACCGUUUUAUUCCAGGAACCAGUGCCAGCGAUGCGCAUUUUCAGGCCUAUCUCCUUGAGGGCUUGAUGCGUUGGAAUGAUGACCGAAUGGAAGACGCCAUAAAACGGGCGUCCUCCAUUCGGACAUAUGGCAGUGCCAUGAGCGAGGCUGUUGACCGGCUUAGCCGAACAGUCUUUGGGAAGCCCUGGGAUGAGCGCUAUCGCCCUCCUGGAGCAUAUACAGACUGGCAAAACACUGACUCCAGUGCUCCAGAACCCAGAGGAGGAAGACCGGUUGGUGGAGGAGGUUGA